UUAAAGCAAACAAACCAAACGAUUGGGGAGACGACUAGGGUUGAGAGAGAGAGAGAGAGAGAGAGAGAGGCAAAUCUAUUGUGGCAUGAAGACUGUGUCGAUAAGAAGAAGAGACAUGGGAAACGAAAAACAAAGAUGAAUCAGGUAAAAACGGAGGCAAUCCCCAUGAAAGGCAAACCUGGAGGUGGUCCUCGCGUCUGGUUUGACGGAGAUCGCACCGACAUUGAUCCUUUGUACAUUAAAGAUUCAGAAGAUGCUGCGGCAUUAGCUAUUGAUGUCUACAACAAAACACAUCUCAACAGAUACAGUGUUGUGGAAGUGCUGAGUGCAACUGGACUAGGACUUAAGGUGAUUGUAACAUUUACCGCUAAGCCUGAGCCUGGGGACGAUGAUAAGAAUCUCGUAACUUUUGUAGCUUUUACUCAUAUUCUUAACGAGAGUUAUAAAUUUGUAAUUUCUGUUAAGAUUCUCCACCCCGCUCACCUGCGCCCUAUCGAUAGUGUUUCGGAGGAGAAGGAGCCCGUAGGUAUGUUUCGAGAUGGCCCUGUCUUGUACGGCCCAGAUUGCACCACCUGCUGUGAUGAUGAAACAAAGAAUAUUCUCAACGAAUCUACCGAUUUAGCUCUUGAAGUCUACAACAAAACCCAUAUGGAAAUUUACAAUUUGCUGGUCCUGGUGAGUGCAACUGGACAUUUAUCGACAGGCUCUAACUCUAAGGUGGAUUUGAUGUUUACCGCCGAGCCUGAUCCUGUACGUCUGGCGCAUCUCGGUGAUCCGAGAACGAGGUCUUUUCAAGCUCGGGUUUCCUUCUCACAUAAGUAUGUAGAGUUUGUUGAUCAUGUCUCCUACUGACCUGACCGACCUGCUAUAGUAAUAGGUGUUAAUUUCCAUAUAAUCUGAUUUUGAAUCCUUUUUUUUUUAUUUAUUUGUGAAAAACUAUGGUGUGUGGUGGUCAAUGCCGCGUAGAGAAGGCUGGAACAAAUGCUAUGCUUACCUAUUUUGCCAAUUUGCAUGUUACUGCUA